AUGUUUGACAAACAUAUUAAACAUAACCUUUUGUGUACACCUCAAAAAGAGGCAGGAUAUCUUCCUAUUAGCAGAACAGGAAAACAGAGCGAUGAAUACAUACACAAAGCAGCUCUCCAGAUUGACAACUUAGAGAGGGUACUUAGAUUCCAGUGUAAUGUUACAGUUAGGAGACCUGAUAAAAUUGAUUUUACACAACCCGUGAGGACACCGUUCUUUUCAAUUGAGCAUCAACACGGAGCUUCCUGUCCACGUGACACCCUGCUAGUAAUUGGGAAUGAAAUCAUUGAGUCCACUAUGAGCAGUAGAGCUCGAUAUUUUGAGUCCAUGGCAUACAGGACAAUACUGAAUGAUUAUUUUGAGAAGGAUGAAGAUAUGUUAUGGACGAUGGCUCCCAAGCCUACUAUGUCAGAAAACAUGUAUAAUUUAGACUUUCCUUUCGACACAAAUUGUCAGGAACGUAAAGACUGGAUACAAAAUUAUAAAUAUGUAAUCAAUGAAGCAGAACCGUGUUUUGACGCAGCUGAAGUUUUGAGACUUGGAAAAGAUCUGAUUGUGCAGCAGAGCAUGACAGCUAAUAGAAAAGGCAUUGAUUGGCUCAGACGUCAUGUGAAAUCUCGUGGUUAUAGAGUACACGAAGCUCACUUUCCUGGUGAUCUGAAUCCAGUACAUAUAGGUUGUUCAUAUUGAAACAUAUUUAAUAUA